GGGAGGGGUGAGGAAGAGGGAGUGUAUCGAAAGGUUUUACAUAAGUGUUCCAUUGAAUAGCUGAAUACGCACCAUAAGGGGCGUAUAAGGUGGUACAGGAAACACUGUUCAGCACGCAUGUCUAAAGCUUUCCUGUAAAGUAUAAUUAAGUAUUUUGCCUGUAAAGUAUCAUUAAGUAUAAGUAACGCUCCGGCUAAGAACGAUAGCACCAACGGGCUCGCUAAUAAUAAUUGUUCAAUGGGCUCCUGAAGGUAUACAGUCUUGAUGGCCUUGUUUUCAAUCAGUUAGAUAUCUUCUUCCGAUUCACUGUUACCUAUCUUACCGCCAAAGUUUCUUUAGUACAAUCAUCAACUUUCAUUUGCAGGCUCCUCAAAGUGAAACGGGGUCCACAGUCCAGGCGUUCAGUUAGUUGGGGCGCAACAACGCGAAAAAUGGCCGAGAGGAAAUGAACACUAGUACCCAGGUCUCCGCUUAGUAAGGGACGCCUUGUUGUAAAUUGACUGCCACGAAAACAAUUUUUGAGUCGUUUGCUCAUUUCCUUACCAAAUGUGAUCGUCUUUGGAAUAAAUUUCCAGUUUUGUUAUCGGUCGAAGGUGCUUAAUUUCGGAUCCUUCCAAAAAAGGAUAAUCUCUGAAUAUUUUCAGAAAUGGAAGUUAGAGAAGAGCGACCUUUUAUCAUCAGGCAUUUCACUUCUAUAACUCGAAUCGUGGGCCUGUUUACCAGUACAGCCCUUUGGUGGACAGGUGUGUUUCUGGCUGACAAGGAUGAUAAAAGAAUAGCUGCAUACCUUAUGAUAUGUGGAUUUGCCGUCAGCUUUUUUGAAAUUACUUUUAUUCUGAACAAGUGUGUUUGUUGCAAAGAGGAGAGUUGUGGUUACCAACUUUGGAAAUACAUAUUGGCCGUGGACAACUGGAAGAAAUCACUCUUGUAUACCUGCUUGUCUGUUGUGUGUUACCUCCACCCUAAAGAGUUCUGGCAAGCAUUAAUCUCUGGGGUCCUGUUGGAUUUGACAGCUUUACUAUACCUUAUAAGAACUUUCAGAACCGGAAAUGCAAGUGAACCCUACAAGUAUAAACAGCUGGAAAUUAGAUAAUGAAAGCAAAUGGUUGAGAUGCAGGAUAUGUUUCGUUUAACAGCCCACUUCGGGCAACUAAUACAACAAGGUUUAUUUGUACUGUAAACUACCAACUAAAAUCUUAACUGAACUGAUCAGGAUCCUAAGGCCCAGGUCAAACGUCGAACUUCACAUGAGAUUACUGUUCAUGAUAAGUUGGAUGUUUGACUCAACUGAGUUCGUCUGACUGAAUUUAGAUCGACCAACAAGUUCUAUCCAUUUAAAGCAAACAGAUAGGUAUUGGUUGAUGUAAAUUUGAGUUAAGUUCGAUGUUUGACCCAAUAGUAGAGCUUUACCUGUUUAGAUCGACUGAAAUUGCAAUUUAGUUCAUCUCAUGUGAAGUUGAACAGGGUUUGACCUGGUCCUAAGGCUGCUCUCAGCUGGUCUCUUCUCUUAGAGUCGAGCAUUCAUGUAAAGGGACAUUAUGGCCUAAUAGGGGUUGGGGUGAGACAAGAAAAAGCAACAAUUUCUCUCCCUAUCCCUCUUAGGGGAAAGUGUCUCAACUCAUUCUCCAUGCCUGACUUGAGAGAAAAACAGACUAGCAGCAGUUACCAAUCAGGGUCAUUCUGCAGUGACAAAUGGAAAUCUGGAAAUGUGUGGGGGAAUAUUUACAGUAUUGCAUGUUCGUAAAGAAUUUUUGUUAUUCUGUUGAAGGUAAAUGCAUUUAUAGAUUUAUUUAUUAGAAAAAAAUAUUAUUUAAUCAUUAAUAAUUGAUUUUUAAUGAAUAGAUGUGAUGAAUCAAUACUCAAUUACUAUUAUAAUAAUGUUUAGUAAUAUAAUUGUUUGAAUAAUCUAAAUACUAUAUUAUUGUAAAUAUAUCGGUUAGGUCAUAUUACAUGAUUUGCAAACUACCCUAAGGCGGGAGUUAACCUAAAAUUCUUUAAAAAAAUUGGUUUAUAAUAUUUGUUUUUCUCGGAAUUUUGAAUCUUACGUUAUUGAAUUUUUAUUUUGAGAAUUUCUGUUACUGUAAGUUCAAAGUUCGCUUUAUUUCUACGGUUAGGUCUA